AUGAGACGAGGGCACAGGCGUAGGCAGCCGCCAAGUUCUGGUGUGAAGAGACGAGGACACCCGCGUAGCGGCGGCAGCGCCCCUGAUAGAGUUCCGAUGAAGGCCCAGAGUGGCAUGGGAAAGCAGCCCCUUAAUAUGUCUGGGGGGCGACAUGACGGGCGGGGUGAAGGUGCUGACAUGUGGUCAGCAGUCCAUGACGGUAAGUGA